AUGAACAGCCCUCAUAAGAGGAUGAUCAUUGUCACCACACAUUCAGCUACAACCGGAAAGGAGCCCCCUUGGGCCCCACCACUGAUUGGUGCGAAGGACAAGUCUCGAUCGCUGUUCGGCUACAUGUAUUUUUUGGUCAUUGUCAACGAGGCUCAAAAUUAUCGAAACGGGGGUUCAAAGCACACAGCCGUUCUAAAAGUGCUUGCAUUAGCUCUCCUGCGACUCAUCCUGACCACCACUCCUCUCCACACAUCCACCAAGGAUGUCACGUUCGGCAGUCGUAUCAUACGCAGAACCAUCCACAGCAAGCCCCCUCCAUUCCCCUUUCCCCAGUCUCCGCCUCUGCUUCCGCCUCUGCCUCUGCCUCUGCCUCUGCCUCUGCCUCUACCCCUACGACCCCGCCUCUACCCCUACGACCCCGCCUCUACCCCUACGACCCCGCCUCACCCGUCCAUCCCUAUUCUCCAACCAACAACUCCAACAACCCCAACAACCCGCAAAGCGCGCUCCUCCCCCCCACCCUCCUUCCUCAUCGACGAGGACCCCUUUGCCAACCUUUCGGGCUCGCUGAUGUCUUUGUUCUCUUACGCGUGGGCGUCGACAUCAAGAGUCACGCUGGACAGGGACAGGGAGCGAGACAGGGACAGGGAGAUGGUGGAAGGAGGGGUACCGCCCGUCCCGCUGUUGCCUGCGGUGCUGCCCAUUCCUAGGUCGCUGUUGAGGGAGGUGCCUGAGAGUGGAAAUGGUGGAGGAGGAGCAGAGGACGACUGA